AUGCCGUCUCUGUCCUCCAAGCACUCCUCUCCUCUCAAGCGCCAUGCAGAAAGCGACCCUGAAGGAGAGCCUCCCAUCAAGAAACUCGAGCUACUGCAUCUAGGCUCAACGAUCUCCGCGGACAAACAAGCGAAAGAGCAAGAUGAACUGACCGAUAGUGACAACCUCAUGAUCCUAGACGAUACGAAGCAUACAAGCUAUAUUUACGACAUUGAGCGCGAGUUAGCCAGCAUUGAAGCUGAGGAGAAGCGGAUAUCCUAUCUCCCAGAUAUUGAAAAGGUGUUGAACGCGAUUCCCAAGUCCGUUCUUGCGGAGCCGGAGCCGAAGCAGAAUGAGCUCGUCCUCUAUCGCGUGCCACACUCGCUGACGGUCGCCGAAGAUCAAGACAAUGUUCGAAAAGCUAUAAUUGAAUCUAGGACGAGGGCUAGAGCACGGCAGGCGGAGCGCAACACAUGUGCUCCCUCGGUAGUGCCCCCAUCUGAUGAUAAGGACAAUGAAGUGGUUACGCUUGAAGCAGACGAUGCGAUGGACGUAGAUUCACUGCAGCAAUGA